CUUCCGGGCAGAAUUUACAGGAGCGCUCGUUAUAUGACCUGAGAGAAUCACGCCUGUUAUGAAGAAACCCUGAAGAUGUCAAAAGUCUGCCUGCAUUUAUCACGGUUUUCUUUGGGUCACGAUGUUUUUACAAGCAGAACACUUGCGAAUUUAAGACCAUGCGCCUCAAGGAUGCUGUCCUUAACAUCACCGCUUAAUGCAAAGUCCAGAAAACCUCCAGAUGAUAAUGAAGCAUCCAAACCCAUCCAGUUCUCAACCAGCAAAGCCAGCCACCGAACCUGGAAAGUGGACCGUUCGAUGGGCAGCACCUACCAGCGGCCCUGGUGGAAGGUUCUGCCCAUCAGCCUCGUUGGAGUGGGCUUCGUCGUCUGGUGUAUUUUCAGGAGAGAGACGGAGAUCGACGAGUCUCUGGAGAAAAACCUCCAUGAACAUUUACCAGGACUGCUGUCCGAUGAAGAACAGGAGGGAGUCGGCGUCAAAAACAAAUCCUCAUAGUGGCUUAAAAGGGACAUUUUCAAUUUGGAA